AUGUCCAAUGGCACGUGGAAUAGUACAAGUCAUAGUACAACAGGCGAAUUCGAUUUAACUCAUAUUGUUGGGAAAGAUGUGCUCAUCAUCGACAGAUCCAUGGUCAAUUAUCCGGGAUGGUUCUUGUGGUUAAUGAUUGGUGGAGGUUUGUUGUGCUGUUUGAGUUGUAUGGUAUGGAUCGUUUCGUCUAUCCUAUUUUUGAAAAAAGAGAAACCAUGUACCCAUACAGUCCACAUUGUCGUUGAAAAGGACCCAGAAUCUCUGAAGAGGGGAUCGAAAUCGCCGAAAAAUGAGAAAGAUGAGCAAUUGGAAUCUCCAGGAGGUGGUCCGAUGGAAAAUGGAUCAUUUACAAAUCCAUUGCAACCAUCGGAUUACGGUAGAUCAUCGAAACGAUCAUCAAGAAAAGAAGAGGAACCAAAGAACAUGGAAUCGAUUGGAGGAGAAAACGUAGAAAAUUCUAGAAAAUCUUCUUCCAAAAAAUCCCAGAAAAAUGAGCCAGAAUCUAGAAAAUCGUCGAAAAAAUCAUCGAAAAAAGAGGGCGGAUCCAAAAAAUCGAAUUCAAAAAAAUCGAUAAAAUCCGAGAGACAAGAUGCUGGAAAUGAUUUUGGCACCACUUUUUCGAUUCAAAUGGAUUCAGAUGACAAUUUUCAGAAUUCGCAGAAAUUUGGAUUUUUCGAAAAGAUCUCCCGCUCCAUUUUCCAGCCAAGACAGUAA